AUGACGUUACGCUGCAUUUACUUCUCCGACGGCGAAAACCCCAUUCCAAGCCGAAUUAUAAUCGAACCGCCGCUUAAAAGACGUGGAGAACUGCCCACCACAUUUCAAUGUAGCCUACAAGAACAGACAGGAGGCGACCUCGUUGUUCCUAAAUCCUCCGUCACGAUGGACGGAGAUACACUGCUCAUCAAUGCUCGGGAAAAUACCACUCCCGUUGCUUACACCGUGGAGCACAUUGGAUGGCUAACUCAGGACGCAUACGAAGAGCUUCAGCAAACCGCAGGCCACUGGGACCAGCUUGCCGAGUAUAGCAGCGACACGGUCGAUCCUGAGGAUUCCAACUGUGAAGGAGCACGGGGGAACGACUACCCUAGCACUCCAACUGAUCAAGAAAGUGAUAUAGAAGAGUGGAGUUAA